UUGCUUGACAGACAGUUGUCACCAUUCCGCGCGGUUUGUUGAUAUCCAAAGUGACACGUAGUCUGUUGCUCUUUCCUCAGAUCUCUGUGUUACUACAAUAUGUCAGGGUUAUUUGAGCCAACACUAUACAUGGUCAAGGGAAUGGCCAUCCUUGACAGUGAUGGCAAUCGACUCCUCACCAAGUAUUAUGAUCCCACUAUCUUCCCUUCAGUCAAGGAAGAAAAGAAGUUUGAAAAGCAGCUUUUCAACAGAGCCAAUGCUGAGAUAACCAUGAUCAACCGCCUCACUUGUGUCUACCGCUCCAAUGUUGAUCUGUACUUCUAUGUUAUUGGUUCAUCUCAAGAAAAUGAGUUGAUUCUACAAUCAGUUCUGAACUGUUUAUAUGAAUCAGUGUCAACCAUACUCCGCAAAAAUGUGGAGAAGCGAACUUUGCUGGACAACUUGGACAUCAUCAUGCUUGCUUUUGAUGAAAUCUGUGAUGGAGGAAUACCCCUUGAGACUGAUCCUCAAGUGGUAGCACAGCGAGUUUCUUUACGAGUAGAGGAGUCUCCCUUCAAUGAUCAAACUGUGACACAGCUGAAGCAAAAAAUUGGGUCAACCACUGGCGCUGUGCUGCAGUCUGCACGCGAACAGCUCAAGUGGUCCCUCUUGAAGUGAAUGCUUGUGCUGGACGCCAGCAAGUAACAGCGCACGUGCAGUAUCUUCGAACUAUUCCUUUCGCAAAUUUUAUUACAAAUAAUUACACAUUGUUAAUCCUCGAG